UCGUCAUCUCGUUCCCUUGCUCUCCCAUUUCCGGAACCCUAAACAUUUUUACGCAGGGGAACUUGUUCGGCAGCUUCGUGGUUCUGGCUUGCUACCGGGCGAAAUCCAGGGUUUCAGUCUUCGGCGGUUCCUUGUUUUCUGGGGUUGAUGUGCUUUUGUGUGCUGCGACUGGAAGCUGUUAGUUCUCUCCUUGGAUCCUCUGCUCGAAUCGAUUGCACUGCGAUUCGUUUUUCACCGGAUUCUGGAAUCGAGAAUCAAUAUGUCUAGGCGUUGAUUGGGUUAUUUAGGUUUUUUGCAUUUGUAUAUUGCUGUUUGUUGGAUCUAUUUCUUUACGCAUUCGGGGGAAAAUGAGUAGCAAAAAAGAGGAGGAGCGGAAUGAGAAGAUUAUUAGAGGUCUUAUGAAGCUCCCGCCGAACAGAAAAUGCAUUAACUGUAAUAGCCUGGGGCCGCAAUAUGUUUGCACGAACUUUUGGACCUUUGUUUGCACACCAUGCAGCGGGAUUCACCGUGAAUUUACACACCGGGUGAAGUCGGUUUCCAUGGCAAAAUUUACUACACAAGAGGUGGAGGCUCUUCAAAAGGGAGGUAAUCAGCUUGCAAGAGAAAACUUUUUGACAAAUUGGGAUAUGCAAAGGAUGAGAUUUCCAAAUAGCAGUAAUCCCGAUAAAGUUAGAGAAUUCAUUAAAGAUGUUUACAUAGAUAAGAAAUAUGCUGGGCGGAAGUCGUCAGGCAAGCCACCAAGAGAAAUGGAGAGCUUUAAGAAUCAUGAACUUGAGCAGAGAAGAGCCAGCUCUUACCAUUCCUUUUCUCAGAGUCCUCCCUAUGACUAUCAGUAUGAGGAAAGGCGAUAUGGAAAACAAUUUGGCACAUUGAACAGGAAACCAGGAUCAGAACAAGGGCAUUAUGAUGUAAAAAUGAAUAGUUCUGUAUAUAGUCCGGGUCGUUUACAUAUGCAAGCAUAUGAAGAUAGAUUUGCCAAUGAAAGUUCUGGGUCAAGAAUGUCAGACUGCUCAGUGUCUAGUGCAGGUGAUACAUUUAAAUAUGAUGGCCAGUCGCAAAAUUCUCAGGAACUUGGCCACUGCAGCCCCACUUUACGCCAAACAAGGGACACCAUUGAAGAUGCAAGGCCUCAAAAAUUGAAUCAACUUACAGAAUCUAUUGUCAAAAGGGAUCUAGAUAAUGUCUCAUCUCCCAAGAGAACUUUAUCUGCUGGUACCUUUGGUUCCAUGAGUUCAAGAGAUGUUACUGUGAAACCUGUGCUUCCCAAUGAAACUCAUCAUGCCAAAGCAUCUGCUCUUGCUUCUUCCACACAAUCAUCUGGUUCUUUUCCUGGGGGCAAUGAUGCAUUUAGUUCAUCAUUGAUGCAACAACCGAAGGCUUCAGUUCCAUCUGUAGAUUUGUUUGCCGACUUCAGUAAACAACCUCCAUCAUCAGCAGUAAAUGUUGUCAUGGAACCUGUUUACUCAGGUGGAACCCAACGGGUGAAUACACCUGCUUUUUCUUCUAUGCAGUCAUUUGCUUCUGUUCAUACUGCACACAAGGAUCCUAUCGGUUCAACAUUUGGAGAACAAUUAGGGACUUCAUCUCCAGUAGAUUUGUUUGACAACUUCAAUAGUCAGUACUCAUCCACAAUCCAUAUCGAGCAUAAAUCAGCAGAAGUUUCAAUGACACAAAAUGUAGGAUGGGCUACAUUUGACUUACCUCACCAUGUGAAGGUUGAUUCUUCACUGAAGCCAGGCAUACCUACUUCAGACCUUUCUGGAAGUGCUAUGCAGGGGAGUGUAGGUGUAUUGACAUCUCUACAGAACAACUCAGCCUCAUUCCCAGAUCAAAAAUCUAUGGCUUCUGGAGUUUUACCAGUAGCGCUCAAUCAAUGGCAGUUAGAUUUAAAGGGGCACUCACAACCUCUCCAGCAAAAUGACUCGCUGUUGUGGAAUGCAUUUGAUACUUCAAGUGAGAAGUUAGCUGAGACAUCGGCUCAUGGUCUACCUCUGAAUGGUAGACCAUGGAUUUUUGCAUCUGAGUCUGCACUGCAUGAUCUUCAUGUAAAACAGACUGUUUCAGAGAACAAUAAUGAUGGGUUUCAAAAUUUUGCCCUAAACGCUGUAACUCCUAGCUUUGGUCAGACAAUGGGUGGUGUUGCUGAGCUAACUUUUUCUCCAAUGGUUGAACCAUUCAUGGGAGGAGUCUCUAUAGCUCAAAAGUCAACAAAUCCUUUUGAUCAACCAUAUGAAGCACACAUGGAUUCCAUGAAUACAUUCCUGGAUAUGAGUUCUCUUGAAGCUGCACUGCCUAGCACACAGUUGACUAAUGAUUACUUUGCUGGUGCAAGUCAGCCAUGGUAUCCUCAGAAUGCUGCCACCACAUUUGUUUCUUCCUUCCCUGAAGGGGAGGUGCAAGGAGUACCUAUGCAGGGACGGAGCACACAUUACGUAAAUUUUACUCCCCAAGGGCACGGUGCGUCUGUUGACAAGAAUCCAUUUGCAUAAAGUUUGGGACCAACUGCAGAAUCUGUGGCUUCAGCUAAAGUUUGCAUAUCUGGGUUAACUUUUUGAUUGAAUCAUUUACCCCUCAUUUGUAUGUUUGCAAAAGUCAGUUGUCUAAAGCUAGUGUGAAAACACAUGGUUCAUAUUUUGUUCACGGCCGCAUUUGCCCGUUGAUCUACUUCAAGUCAGCCAAAAUCUGGAUAGCUAAAGGCUUAAUAGGUGGUGCACUCGUGAUGUUGAAUAUCUCCUUAACGUUGUUCUUAGCUUGGAUUCGUGGGUUUGCUAUUUUCAGUAUGCAUAUUUAAUCAUAGUUUGGUCACAAGAGAAACCUAUGGUUCGGAUAACAGUUUCUACCUCCCGGCCCUGAGGGUGUGUUUGUAUAUUUUCCUUGAACAGAAUGUUGUUGUGGAAGAACCAACUUGAAAGGGCCUAUUGAGGUGGUGAAUGAUGGUGUCUUAUGCUUGCUAUUGUUCAGACUUGAGAUAUGUACCUUUAGGAAAGCUCAUCUGUCUAUUAAUGCUUGCUAUUGUGCAGACUUGAGAUAUGCACCUUUAGGAAA